AUGGGCCUUCCCACCGUAGCGGCAGCCAUUGCUGGUGGCCUGGCUACCGCCGCCUACCUCGAUGCCAAAUUCCUCAUCCGCCAUGAUCUCAAGGCAGGCUCUUUGGCCGCCAACCAGAAGAGCGCAAUGGCCUUCACCCUGGACCGAUACCAGAAGAAUAAGAUGCUCAUAUACCACAUCUUUGAGGAGCAUGCCACGGGCAAGAACGCAGACAAUCUCUUCCUCAUCUUCGAGAACCGAUCGUGGACCUACAAGCAGUUCUUCGAUGACUUGCACAAGGUUGCCAAUUGGCUGAUGAAGGAUUUGGGUAUCAAGCCUCAAGAGAUCGUCGCCUUGGACGGUGGGAACAGCCCCGAAUACCUCAUGCUCUGGUUCGCCGUCGAAGCCAUUCACGCCUGUCCUGCCUUCAUCAACUGCAAUCUGACAUCGGGUCCCCUCACACACUGCGUCAAGCUAUGCGACUCACGGUAUCUGAUCGCCGACCGUGCAACACAAGAUCUCGUCCGGCCGUGUGAGGGAGACCUCCAAGCUUCGGGUGUACAAGUCAUCUACUACGACGAACCUUUCUUCUCUUCUCUAACAGACACCACUCGAAUCCCCAAAUCUCUACAUGAAGGAAUCUCGCCAACCGAACUCGGUGGUCUUAUCUAUACCUCAGGCACAACGGGGAUGCCCAAGGGUGUGAUUAUGCUUCGUGGCCGCGAGCUCAAUACCGCCCGCAGCGUUUCUAUGUAUCUCAGACUCAAACCUCAUAACCGCAUGUAUACCUGCCUACCACUGUACCACGGCGCCGCACACGGUCUGUGCCUAACGCCCUCCAUCUUCGCCGGAUCCACCGUUGUACUUAGUCGAAAAUUCUCCCACAGGACCUUCUGGCCAGAAGUCCGCGCCUCCAAGGCUGACAUCCUCCAGUACGUGGGUGAACUCUGCCGCUAUCUCAUUAAUGCACCGCCCAGCCCGCUGGACAAAGAGCACAACGUGAAGAUGGCAUGGGGAAAUGGCAUGCGUCCAGAUGUAUGGGAAAACUUCCGGCAGCGCUUUGGGAUCGAAACGAUAAACGAGCUGUACGCAGCUACGGAUGGCAUGGGCGCCUCUUUUAAUGCGAACAAGGGCGAGUUUGGCAAAAAUGCCGUCGCCAUGCGUGGGUUAUAUUGGAAACUCAGAAACGGCGCGAACGAGAAGAGAGUCAAGAUCGACAUAGACACCGAGGAGAUCCUGCGCGACAAGAACGGUUUUGCGAUCGUCUGCAAAGACGGAGAGCCAGGUGAGGUGGUGCACAAGAUGGACCCGGCCACUGCGGACGUGGCGUUCGCAGGAUACUACAAGAACAAGUCCGCCAGCAGCAAACGAAAGAUUGAGAAUCUGUUUCAAAAAGGAGAUCUCUGGUUUCGCAGUGGAGAUAUGAUGCGCCAAGAUCCCGACGGGUGCGUCUACUUUGUCGACCGCCUGGGCGACACCUUCCGCUGGCACAGCGAAAACGUGUCAACCAACGAAGUUUCGGAUGUGCUGGGCAAGUGGCCUCAAAUCGCCGAAGCGAACGUGUACGGCGUGCAGGUGCCUCACGCGGACGGCCGCGCAGGGUGCGCUGCCAUCGUACCCAUCUCGUCCAUCACCUCGGCCGACCAGCUCGACUUCUCUGGAUUAGCAGAGCACCUGCUCUCGACGCUGCCGCGGUACGCCGUGCCCAUCUUUUUGCGCGUAGUGCCGCAGCUCGAGUACACGGGGACGAUGAAGCUGCAAAAGGGCCGUCUGCGCGCCGAGGGCGUCAACCUCGACAAGAUUCAGGCGUCGCGGCCCGACGACCGCAUGUUCUGGCUCCCGCCCGGAGGCACAAAGUACGAGCCCUUUGGCCGGAAACAGUGGGAGGAGCUGAAAGCUGGGAAGGUCAGGCUGUAG